AUGAGGGACUUGCGAGAUCUCAUGGGCAAGAUUACUGCCGGAGCUUCGGGUGAGGUGGAGAGCGCCAAAGGCAGGACAGGCGCGACGUCCCACUCUUCUCCCGCAAACGAUGCUGAUUUGGAACGAGCUUUGGAGCUUUCUGAGCAGGAGGCUCGAGUCUCUGCCAUGAGCGAAGAAGAGGCACUCGAAGCUGCCUUGGCCGCUUCGAUGGAGCAGGAACAGUGGCAGGGUGUUAAGCUGAAGUCGGGUACUCCAGCGGGAUACAAGCGCAAGCAUCCAGAAGCUAUUGAGCGGUCGGAGCGUGCGGAUGGGACAAGACGCAAAAUCGAUGAAGCGGUGGGGGAUGCGUCAAAACCCCUUCGGUCAUCCGACGAUGCCAGUGCUUGGAGACACGGCGAUGUGGACCCAAAGGCGGAAUUGAAGCAAGAGAGCGCAGGCUUAGCACCUCUGUUCGGUGGCUCCAAAAGCACAAUCGAAGUUCCCACCUUCAGCAGCGGUGGUCCUGAAACCAGCGACUCGGCAAUGACGACGAUCAACAAGCUCAAUGGAAGCCUCGACCUGCUGUACUGCAAGGGCUGGAUCGUGCCGGAAGCGCGCAGAAAGCUUUUCCGUUGGAUGCUGAACGGGCUUGCGUGGCAUCGGGUCGUCUACACAAGACCGAAUUCGAACAUUACCAUUCGAACGCCCAGACUUACGACCACAUUCGGAAGAGACGAUACGGGCGCCCCAGACUCGGCUUAUCCCAUCAAGCCUCGUCCAUUUCCAAAACCGCUUGCAGAGCUCAAAGCGCUGCUGGAACAUCUCACUGGAAGCUACUUCAAUACGGUCAUCAUCAACCUCUACCUUGACGGCAGCGAUAGCAUCUCCUAUCACUCCGACGACGAAGCAUUCCUUGGCUCACUCCCCACCAUAGCCUCCAUCUCUCUAGGUGCCACCCGCGACUUCUUCAUGCGACGAAAAGCACCUGCUGGUGUCGAUGUACCCGCCGCCCGUGCUGAUCAGCCUUCCGGUACAAAAGGUGUCGGUCCAGCAGCUAGCAGACCUACAGAAAAAUUCGCCUUGGCAGAUGGUGAUCUCCUCAUCAUGCGCGGACGAAGUCAAGCGGAUUAUGAGCAUGCCAUUCCGAAACGCAAAGAAGCUGGCCCAAGAAUCAAUCUGACCUUUCGACGCGUGACAAACGUCAAGGGAACCAAUAACUUCCAACGCUACAAUCGAGGUGGAGUGGCUGAGUCUCGCUUCAUCAACGGCAAGAUGAUCGAGGCCUCUGGGGGGCUGUAG